AAAGGGUUAAAUAGGGAUCCCAUGCUUGAUGCCUAUAAUACACCAAAGGUUGCAAGAUGAAUCUACUGCGAUAUAAAUUUUGUUAAAAAAAAUAAUUAACAAAACUCUAUUAUAUCAGUUAAAAUUACUUCCGUCAGGAGAAAUGGAAGUCAAAAUGGCAACAAUGUCAGACCUACAGAUUUUGCAAGACAACCUUGACCACUUCUUUCUGAUCAUUACAGGCUGCCUCAUUUUUUUUAUGCAAACAGGAUUUGCUUUUCUUGAAGCUGGCUCAGUAAGAUCAAAGAACACAACAAACAUUCUGAUCAAGAAUUUCUUGGAUGUUUUUAUUGGUGCAGUGGCCUAUUGGCUGUUUGGGUAUGCAUUUGCAUUUGGAGCAGAAAGCAAUGGCUUCAUUGGACACAAGUUUUUUGCACUGGCAGAUUUACCAGCUGACAAAUACUCUCACUGGUUUUUCCAUUUUGUUUUUGCUGCCACGGCAGCAACAAUUGUCAGUGGUGCCAUGGCAGAGAGGACAGAGUUUAAGGCUUACCUGUUGUACUCUGUGUUUCUCACUGGCUUUGUAUACCCAGUAGUCACUCACUGGGCUUGGGAUGGAAAUGGUUGGCUGUACAAGGGUGUGGAUUACACUAAAGACAAUGUAACCUUGUCUGUUACAUUCCAGGAUUUUGCUGGCAGUGGGGUUGUUCAUGUUCUUGGUGGUACUGUUGCCCUAGUUGGAGCAACUGCUGUUGGACCAAGAAUAGGAAGAUUUGUGAAUGGUGUCCCUGUUCUACUUCCAGGCCAUACUGUACCAGUGACAGCUCUUGGAGGAUUCAUCCUGUUUUUUGGCUUCCUGGCAUUCAAUGGUGGCUCACAGGCAGCCAUUGCUAGUGCAGGUGAUGCAGAUGCUGUAGCAUUGUCCGUUGUCAACACAAUCCUUGGAGGAGCUGCAGGUGCCCUAACUGCCAUGAUCAUCAAACGUCUGGGCUAUGCAGCAAAGUACUGGAGCUUACUUUUCACCAUUAACGGCGGACUUACUGGAAUGGUGGCCUUAUGUGCAGGUUGCAAUGCUAUCCAUCCUUAUGCUGCUUUUUUCAUUGGCAUCAUUGCUGGAAUGGCCUACGUUGGAUGGAGCACUCUUCUGAUUCGUUUAAAGAUUGAUGAUCCACUGGAUGCUGUGGCAGUUCACUUUGGUGGUGGUUUCUGGGGUGUGCUGUCUGUUCCCAUCUUCAACACAGAAUCUGGAAUAUUCUAUGUUGGAAGCGAGCAUUCAUUCUGUUUGUUUGGAUGGAACCUGCUGGGAGUGCUUGCCAUCAUGGCCUGGUCUGCAGCAUUGAGUUUCCCCAUGUUUUUCAUGUUGCGCAUCUCAAAGCAGCUUCGUGUCAGUGCAGAAAUCGAGCAGAAAGGUCUUGAUAUUCCCAAACAUGGCGAGCCAGCAUACCCAUUGGCCAGUUAUGGAGACGGUUGGUCAGAGUUGCCACAUAAUCCACAGUCCUAAAAGCUACACAUGUUAAUACUCACUUUUGCAUGAAAAACUGUUUAUUGCAAAUUUUUGAAGAUGAAAAAAUGAUUACACAGAGGAAAGUAAUGAUACUACUCAAAAUGUUUAAACAUGUCUGUGAUGCUGCUGAAUAUGAAAAGUAUCAUGUAGGAUCACCUUAAUUCCAAAUUCAAAAUGCACUCAAAGAAAUAAAGCUUACUGCUUUCACUGCCCUAUUACGUUCUUUCUCAGACUGAAAUGUUUAAGUCCUUCCUAAGCCCACUCCUUCCCUCUCCCACUGAACUUUAACUCUAAAGUAUUGGUUGUAUUAUUGUCGUUCAUUUGAUUGUACUAUAUUGUGCUUAGCUUGAUAGUCAUUUCCUUCUCCUUCAUUGCUUUGGAUUAAAAAGAACAAUACCCUCCUCCACUGGGGGAAUGCAACACUAUUUUAACGCAGUCCAUUACCUCCCCUUUCCCUCCACGUUUCUUUGUUCACAAUUGAGUGGUGCUUGCAUAUUUUCGUAAUUUUUUUAAUCUUACUACAAAGGAGAAUAUUCUCGAAGUUGUAUAAGCGCAUCGAUAACUUGUCAUUGCGCAUUGGAAUCGAUUUCUCGCAGAAACAAUGGACAAAAGGAACGAAUCGAUAAUCUCGAAACCCUUGUUACAAAAUGUUCUUGACCUACUCACGAUUAGAACUUCGGAUACAUGUGUAACCAUGUAUAACUUACCAUAAAAUUUUUAAACAUGCGGUAUAAACCCGAUUGCCUGUACGAGUAAAGAUCCAACAUACUAAAUUAUUGCCCGUCCUGUUUCCACGUGAGAAGGUCCUUGUUUCCAAUUACACUCGAGUCUUCAUUCGUACUUGGCAGCGUCAGCAAGGGUAGAUACUCUGGUUGCACUGUGCAUGACAACGAGGCAUAAUAACAACAGGUCCUUCCAGGUUUGGUGAAAGGAGGAUUGCGCGCUUUUUGUUUCUCUAUUCCGUUAACCGCGCUUAACCGUUAACAAAUACUUGUUUUCUGGUUCUUCCAUAGUUAAUUCACUUAGGUCUUGAAUAGCACAUGCGCAAAAAUCGCACUCACGCAU